GUCGCCUUUGACCAGCGGGACUCAGCGGAGCGCGCGCACACUCGGGCUGAGUGGAUGUGAUGUACUGAGCGAGGACGUCUAUCCACCUCUCUGUCUUUCUCCCUAUAUCUCUCUCUCUCUCGCUUUCUCUCUGCUCUCAUACCGAAUUGCGGAAAAACACAUCCCACGAAUCCCUUUCCCCCCUCGUUCUUCUCCAGUGGAUAAGAUCCCCAGGAAAUCCUCCUCUGCAUCUCUGCCUCUGCACAACUUCCUCCCUCGCGUGCUUUGUCUCUCAACUCGUGCCAACCUAAAUGUUUUGGGUGCACGCGGAGACACACAGCGCCUUCUGACUCUCUGCUGGAGGAAAAGGAUUCUGUCUGCUCUUCUCUGCUCCGCUCCGAGUCCUGACCCAUCUCAGCCAUGGAGAACGCUCACACGAAGAGCGUGGAGGAAGUUUACAGCUAUUUCAGCGUGAACGAGAGCACGGGUCUGACGCUGGACCAAGUCAAACGCCAAAGAGAGAAGUGGGGUCCAAACGAAUUGCCCGCUGAAGAAGGAAAGUCAUUAUGGGAGCUGGUCGUUGAGCAGUUUGAGGAUUUACUCGUGCGGAUUCUCCUGCUUGCAGCUUGUAUAUCAUUUGUUUUAGCCUGGUUUGAGGAAGGCGAAGAAACAAUAACAGCCUUCGUGGAGCCGUUCGUAAUCCUGCUUAUUCUUAUAGCCAACGCCAUCGUUGGUGUGUGGCAGGAGCGUAACGCGGAAAAUGCCAUCGAGGCACUUAAAGAGUACGAGCCGGAGAUGGGGAAAGUCUACAGGCAGGACAGGAAGUCUGUGCAGAGGAUCAAGGCCAAAGACAUCGUACCGGGGGACAUCGUGGAAGUAGCUGUGGGAGACAAAGUGCCUGCAGACAUCCGUAUUUGUUCCAUCAAGUCCACCACGCUGAGAGUGGACCAGUCCAUCCUCACGGGCGAGUCUGUCUCCGUCAUUAAACACACUGACCCUGUUCCUGACCCUCGAGCUGUCAAUCAGGACAAGAAGAACAUGCUGUUCUCUGGUACUAACAUUGCAGCAGGUAAAGCCGUGGGCGUGGUGGUGGCUACAGGUGUGAGUACCGAGAUUGGCAAGAUCCGUGAUGAGAUGGCAUCCACGGAGCAGGAGAAGACACCACUGCAGCAGAAGCUGGAUGAGUUCGGGGAGCAGCUUUCCAAAGUCAUCUCGCUCAUCUGCAUCGCCGUCUGGAUCAUCAACAUCGGCCACUUCAACGACCCAGUGCACGGAGGCUCGUGGAUUCGCGGCGCCAUCUACUACUUCAAAAUCGCUGUGGCUUUGGCUGUGGCUGCAAUCCCUGAGGGUCUGCCCGCUGUCAUCACCACCUGCCUGGCAUUGGGCACACGCCGCAUGGCCAAGAAAAAUGCCAUUGUGCGUUCACUGCCCUCUGUGGAGACACUGGGAUGCACCUCAGUCAUCUGCUCUGAUAAGACUGGCACCCUGACCACCAACCAAAUGUCUGUCUGCAGGAUGUUCAUCUUGGACAAAGCAGAAGGUGAGAACUGUUCUCUGACUGAGUUCACUAUCUCUGGAUCGACCUAUGCCCCUGAAGGAGAUGUAUACCUGGAUAACCGACCAAUUAAGUGCUCUGGCUAUGAUGCUCUGGUGGAGAUUGCUACGAUCUGUGCUUUGUGUAAUGACUCCUCCCUGGACUUUAACGAGGCUAAAGGUGUGUAUGAGAAGGUGGGAGAAGCCACCGAGACUGCUCUGACCUGCCUGGUGGAGAAGAUGAACGUGUUUGAUACAGAUGUCAGGAACCUGUCCAGGGUCGAGAAAGCCAAUGCCUGCAACUCGGUGAUCAAGCAGCUCAUGAGGAAGGAGUUUACACUGGAGUUUUCUCGGGACAGAAAGUCAAUGUCUGUGUACUGCACCCCCAGCAAGGGCAAGUCCACCACCAGCAAGAUGUUUAUUAAGGGAGCCCCAGAGGGAGUGAUUGACAGAUGUACAUAUGUACGUGUGGGCGCAACCCGCGUGCCCAUGACUCAGGGCAUUAAGGAUAAGAUCAUGUCUGUAAUCCGGGAUUAUGGCACUGGACGUGACACGCUCCGUUGCCUGGCACUAGCCACCCGGGACAGCCCGCUCAGAAAGGACGAGAUGGUUCUGUCUGACACGGCACGCUUCGGCGAGUACGAGUCUGACCUGACGUUUGUGGGCUGUGUGGGCAUGCUGGAUCCUCCCAGGACCGAGGUGGCCGCCUCCAUCAAGCUCUGUCGUUAUGCCGGUAUCCGCGUCAUCAUGAUCACAGGUGAUAACAAAGGCACAGCGGUGGCCAUCUGCAGGCGCAUCGGCAUCUUCUCCGAGGACGAUGACGUUAAUUGCAUGGCCUUCACGGGCCGUGAGUUUGAUGACCUUUCCCCCGAGGCGCAGCGCGACGCUGUAGUGGCUGCCCGCUGCUUUGCUCGUGUCGAACCUUCUCACAAAUCUAAGAUCGUGGAAUUCCUCCAGGGCUUAGAUGAGAUCACUGCCAUGACGGGAGACGGGGUGAAUGAUGCCCCUGCCCUGAAAAAGGCAGAGAUUGGCAUUGCUAUGGGCUCUGGCACUGCUGUGGCCAAGACAGCCUCGGAAAUGGUCCUCGCUGACGACAACUUUUCCACCAUCGUAGCCGCUGUUGAAGAAGGUCGAGCCAUCUACAACAACAUGAAGCAGUUCAUCCGCUACCUCAUCUCUUCCAAUGUGGGCGAGGUCGUCUGUAUCUUUCUGACUGCAGCAUUGGGCUUCCCAGAGGCUCUGAUCCCAGUGCAGCUGCUGUGGGUUAACCUGGUGACAGACGGCUUGCCUGCCACCGCGCUUGGCUUCAAUCCCCCUGACCUGGACAUUAUGGAAAAACCUCCCCGCAACGCCAAGGAGCCCCUGAUUUCCGGCUGGCUCUUCUUUAGAUAUCUCGCCAUCGGCUGCUAUGUGGGAGCUGCUACAGUGGGAGCUGCAGCCUGGUGGUUCACUGUGGCUGAUGACGGCCCUCAGGUCACCCUCUACCAGCUGAGUCACUUCCUGCAGUGUUCUCCUGACCAUCCUGACUUUCAAGAUUUGGAGUGUCACGUGUUCGAAUCGCCGUACCCCAUGACCAUGGCGCUGUCUGUACUCGUCACCAUCGAGAUGUGCAACGCUCUCAACAGUCUGUCGGAGAACCAGUCUCUGAUUCGCAUGCCUCCAUGGGAGAACGUGUGGCUGCUGGGAGCCAUUUGCCUCUCCAUGUCCCUGCACUUCCUCAUCCUCUACGUCGAGCCUCUGCCGGUCAUCUUCCAGAUCACCCCUCUGAACUUGACCCAGUGGCUGAUGGUGCUGAAGAUCUCCGUGCCCGUCAUCCUGUUGGACGAGUUGCUCAAGUUUGUGGCGAGGAACUACCUAGAGCCGGGUAAAGAUUUAGCUGUGGGGGCACAGCAAGAGAGCUGGAGUGUGUCUGCAUGUGUCCAGGGCAUCUCCUGGCCCUUUAUAGCUAUCUGUCUCCCCCUGGUGGUGUGGCUGUACAGCACGGACACUAAUGCCGGCCGCUCGCUGCGGUAUUCCUGACUGACCGAUCACUGACUGAGGUCUGCGGUGACGCUAACACACGACCACUACACAUUAACCCAGAAACACGAUUAAUCUAAUCCAAGAGAAUGUUUGCACAGGAAUCUGCAUACUGUAUGUUUGGUGUUUUUAUAAUUAGCUCUAAGAGUGACUUAUUAUUCAUUGCUGUAACUGUUGCAUUAAAAACACACAUGAAUUCUUUUUAUAUAUAAAUAUAUUACAGCUAUAUUAUUAUGAGAUGUUAGAAGUAACCAGUGGAUUAAUAUAUUUAUUAGCUAGUUUUCAGAAAGGGUAAGGACCCAUCGGACGUCCUUGCUUUCCACAAGAUGGACUGGGACAGUGUGUGUUUUCAUGACUUAAUCCUGUACAGUAAAAAAACAUAUAUCUAUAUAUACUAGAUUAUAUUGUUUUGUUUUUUUUCUUUUUAAUCGCCCCUGUCUAAUUUAUGAGAUUUUGAAGUACAAUCACGGUACUUUUUUUAAAAAACAAAAUGUUACUUUCUGCAUUUGGCAGAAUUCAGCUACCUCAGUUCCACUUCCUUCUAGUUAACUUUUACUCAGAUUUUCGUUAGAUUCUUGUUAGUUUUCCCCUCAGAAAACCAGCAUAACUCAUUAUCUUUAAAGGGGCACUUUGUAAUUUUUUUAACCCUGAAGAUGCAAAUGGCACUUGCACUGAAAACCCUGAUAUGCCUUUUCCGUACCCAGCAUACCCCACCCUCUUACUUUAAACCUUGUGGAUUGCUUCUUUAAGAAGAGUAGCUCUGUUCUGACUCGGGGUGGAGCUCAUUUCUGGACUAUCUAUAAAGAGAAUGGUGUAAUUUAGAAACAUGUCAUUUUAUUUCCAUGACAGUAUCAGAAUUAUAUUUUCAUUUAAAACAGCUAUGAAAAUGCUGUUUAUUAUUCUACACUGCCCCCCCCAAAAAACAAACAAACAAACAAACAAACAAACAAACUUACACUAAUACCUUGUUGAACCGCCUGUAACUUUGAUAUGCCCGUGCCAUCAGGGAAUAAAAACUAUAGAUGUGGUAACCUGGUGAUUCAGUACAUUCAGGUCGUCGGCUGACUUGAUUUUAUUGUCACAUAACGUUGCUGAGUCUAGACCGGACCCCAGAACACUGCCUCCAGAGGCUUCUACAUUGUGCACUAUGCAUCACUUCAUGUGCUUCCCUUCUAUCCCUGACAUGCCCAUCGCUCUGGAAGAGGGUCAAUUUGGACUCAUCAGACCACAUGACCUUUUUCCAUUGUUUCAAAGUGAAAAUUUUUAUGCUUUCUACCAAAUGCCAUUUUUUUUAAAUUAUUUUUUGAAUAACAUUGGUUUUCUUAUGGCCAUACAACUGUUUAGUCCAAAUCCUGUGAGCCCUCCACAUUGUGUGGAGAAUGAAAAUGCUCUACCUUUCACUGUUUUUUUUUUCUACUUCACCAAGCGUUAAGUGAUCUCUAAAUCAGGCCCUUUAUUAUUGGUUUCUAAGCAGUUAAUAGUUCAGCACUAUCUUUCAGGUGUUGGACAGUCCUUUACCAUCAUUUUAAUGUUUUCUUUGCUUGGCCAAUAAUUUGAUCUUCCUUUUUUUUCUUAAUAAGGCACCGUGUGUCAACACUUAGAUAUUACAGCCUAAACCUUUAAAGUUCGGAAAAGCUCUUUUUCCAAGCUUUAACUUAGUUAUUUAGAAGGAUGAAGAAUAUCACUUGCAAGUAGGAUUUUUUUUUCUGUAUUUUGAGUAUUUUAUUCCAUGACCUUUCGAGGUUGUGGAAAACGUGCACAAUACUGUGGCUUUACUUGUAGGUAAAAAAUGCUGUGUUUCUAUGUACAUGUUAUGUAAAUGAAAAAAAAAGUUUGAAACAAAUACCCACAGCACAAACGUCUCUAGGGAUUUAGAGAAUUCUGAGAAUCCUGCCAUUAGAAAAGGUCAGCUAGAUGUGUUACUUGAGAUAGUUUUUGAUAGAUUUUGCUUUUUCCCCCAUUGGCUCUCAAUUUAUAAGCAUGCUUCGUGAUAAAGUUGAUUUUUCUCCCGUUGCUUUGCCAUACUGAGUGUAAGAACAUAACUCUUCUAACUUUUUGCUCCUGCACCUCCUCACCACUAUACUCUUAUUAAUCCUGAGCCUGCAUUUUCAUUAUUUAAAAUACUAUCUAGUUGCACAGACUUGAGAGACAGGGUUGCCAGAUCUUAAUGUAACUAUUCCCAGACACAGAAUUUGACGCAUUACAAAGUCUAUACUAGACUCCGUAUUACGACUCCAUAUGUAGUACUUAUAAAGUUACACCAUAUUUUUAAAAAAAUAAAUCGUAUCUCAAAUUGGUGUUUUUAUAAACAUCCCUAUUAAUCCUCAUCAUAAUGGAGGUCAGUAACUUUUCCCUUAAAAAACUACACCUUUCUAUUUUAUUUCAUAAGAAAUGAAGCAUUGGGCUUCAUAUAGUUAUAUUUAAGAAUUCAAAAGCACUAUGGAAAAAUAAAUCACGUGCUUAAUUUUAAGUUCCAGAGGAACAUUGCAGACCUGGCAACCUUUGUAGAGAACAUUACAUUUUAAAGCGCUAUGAUGUAAAAGAAUGAUGUAUUUUAAUCAGCAAUGCAUAUGAUACAUCUUUAAAUGAUUCCAUUCUUCAGUCUUUCACUAAAGCUUUUGUAACAAAACAUUCUUUCUUUUCAUUUAUCAUUUGAUCAUCCUUUUUAAUCUUUCCUUUUCUCUCUCUCUCCCCCUCCUCAGCACGGGCCCUGUAAGCCUGGCCUGGUUCUCAGUAAUCCUUGCAGAAGCUGUAAAGGUUUUGUUAGUUUAGCUGAGUAUUUUAAGCAAAACCACAUCGCUCAUGACCUGCAUGCCAACUGUGCCAAGUGCUAAAGAAAAAAAAAUAGUUAUUUUUUUAUUUUCAUUUUUUAAUUGUUAAUUGGAGUGAAAGGUUCUAUGGAAAAGAGACUAAAAUGAGUGAAAUAUUAAGGGAAAUCAGGGUGCAUGUCCCUUUAAGCUAUUCAAACAUGAUGCUGGUGAAAUGCUUCUGUAUAGCACAGCAAUACUUAAUUUAAAUGUAUGUAUUUAAAUACCAAUUGUCAUUAGUGACAGGCACCUGUUAUUUUUUUUUUGUUGUUUUUUUGCAAAAGGACUUAUUUUAUUUUGCGAGAUGUGUAGAUCAACCAAAUGAUUGUGCGAAGGGGAUAAGCCUUACAAGUCACAGUGAUCUGCGUCCUGUUUUAGACCGGAUAAGUUUCGGCAUGAAGGAGCGUGAUGGGGGUUUUUGUUCCUGUGACGACUACAUGACGGCAUGACACUGUUUAACCAGUGUCUAAUAUUGUAAUUAUCAUAAGGAUUUGUGGUUAAUAAAAUAAUAAAUGAAA